UGUUAUUACUUGUUCUGAAAAAUUCCUUACUCCACCUUCAAGAUUCUACUGCUCCGCCUCGCCGCAAUCUUCCUCAAUAGAAGAUUUGUUUACCAAAGUCUGCAAUGGUGUGUUAUAAACUUAUAUGACUUGUGCCAUGCGUACCACAUGUUUGGGAAAAUGCUUGUAUGGGGAUUUUGCUGCAUUUCAAUUCUUAUGCUUCUAUUGAUUUACAUGUGUAUAAGUCUUUACUCUCUUUCUACCUAGCAAUAAAGGAAAAAACAAGAACACUAUAGAAAAAAAAAAACAGAGUGAUUCAUAUUGGACCUCUCCUCAUUAUUGUGCAACCUUUGGUCAUGCUGGUGCUUUGUUCCAAUCAAGAGCUCUGUAGCUUCUUUUCAGUUUUUUUUCUCUCUCAGCUUAAUAUGUGUUACUGUAAUUGCUGAUUUGGGAUCUUCAUUUUUCAGUUGUGUUUUCCCAUUAUGGCUUUUUGCUUAAUUGGCCCCAGGCCUUAUUGACUAUGAAUAAGGCUUUUAGGAGUAAGAAAUAAGAAUAAGUGUUGUUUAAAUGUUUGAGUGCUUUUACGAGAAAUCAUUACAGUGUCUGAGAGGUUUCUCAUCAUUUCUGCCUGAGUGUUUUUGAUCUUGCUUUGGUGCACAAUUGUGUGUAAUUUCGUUUCAGCCUGAGUGUUCUUCAUUCUAGGAGUUGGGCUGGCUUAUAUGCUCAUUGGUAUUUACAAGAGACACCUAGUUGAACCAUUGUCAGAAGCAAUUGGGUUUUAAGCCAAUGAACAGUGAUCACCAACUUUAGCUUCUCAAGUUUGUACCUGCUCUUUAUUUGCAUUGAGAAAGUUUUGUAUUAUUUGUUGAGUACUUGGGUUUUAAUCUGAGGAAGAGGAGGACGAAUAUGGCUUUUAAAAGUGAAGCUCAUCCAGGGUAUCAAGAUGAAGUGGACAUCAAGUUUUUGGGGACUACAUUUGGGAAGUCCUGCACUAUACACACCAAUGUCUACAUCAGAGGAAGUGGAGAUGGAAAAAUUACUGGGAGAUUGAUGAAGCUACUUUGUGGUUUGAUCCGAUCAUUAUGCUAUAUUAAGGAGAUUAUUUUAUCAAGUUUGCCAAGAGCCCUACAAAUCAUGAAGUUCCGUUUUCCCUGCUCAAAGUCUUUAUCUUCUCCAGCAGGAAUCAUCGAUGAUAGUAACUUAGCUGUAUCUGGUAUGCAGACAGUAUCAGAGGGGAGCUCAAGUGGAAUUGAUGCUUCUGAAGUUUCGUCGGAGCUAAAAUCAAAUGGACAAGUUGUGGAUGAAAGUCUAUUCAAAGAUAGCAAGAUGGAUGUGACUGAGGUACAGAUAGAUAGUUCAAUGCAAAAGUAGGAAUGGAAUGUGAGGUGUCUGUACCAAAGGCAGCUUCAGAUAUCAUUAUGAAAUGAUAUUUGAGGUUAUGGAUGAAUCUGAUGAAAAGAUCUCAGCUGAGGAUAAAGGAACCUCAUUGUGAAGGAGCACAAGAUUUGGUAGUUGCCAACGAUUCUAAUUAUGUUACUAUUGUUCAAUCUGCGUUGCCACAUAAAGGAAGCGAAUCCCCAAGUGCUGUGAAAACUGUUGAGCCCGUUUAAUUGACUCUGAGUUCAACUCUCACUAAGAGACACGCAAGCAAGAGUUCAAAUGUGAAUGUGGCUGCCACUGUAAUAGAGCCUAAAGAAGCUUCAAGGCUGAGGCAUUGGGUGAUUAAGAUGGGAAAUUAGAUUUCGAAUCGGGUUCCAGCGUGGAAGGAGAUUCUGAGGAUGAGGGCACUAGAAGUUGAAUAAUCCUCCACUUUACGUUGAUUCUAGUAUUGUUAGUGGUAGCAGUGUUUGGUUUCGAGCGGUAAACCAGACUUUGGAUAUGGGUGGGUUGUUCUGGUUGGUAGCUGAGAAUCUAGACUGGCAUUGCCAUUGGUAUGUGUAUUUUUCAGGCGCUGCAAUUCUUAUUUCUUAUGUUGUGAUCGGCUAUUGUAGUUUUAUACCGGAAUGAAAGCAAACUAUUCUGAUUGGAAGUAGAAAUAGGAUGCCCAUGAAACAAGUCUGAGCUUUUUCACUUUUCAUCGAUUAUGCUCUUUGUUAACAUAUAUUUAUAUACAAGCCAAGUUCAAUUGCACCCAUCAAAGUGUUUCUUUUGUCAUUGU